AGUAUAUAUUCUUGAAAGCAGCUUUCCUAUUGGUUUAGUUUACGAAACGCAAGUGUGGAUAGUGGUGGCGAGUGUCAUAAUUUGUGCGAAGUCGUUACGAAUUCUAUACAUACUACUUGGAUACACGUAUUUUGAAUACGACAAGUGAUACAAUUUCAUACAUACAGCCUGUAAAAGACUGAAACCCAGAUAUGGGGAAGGAUUAUUACAAGAUAUUGGGCAUCACAAAAGGAGCGUCUGAUGACGAGAUCAAGAAGGCAUACCGUAAACUCGCUCUUAAAUAUCACCCCGACAAAAAUAAGACAGCUGGAGCAGAAGAGAAAUUCAAAGAGGUAGCAGAAGCAUACGAAGUGUUGAGUGACAAGAAAAAGCGAGACGUGUACGACCAGUUCGGUGAAGAAGGACUCAAGGGUGGUCCUUCAGGUGGCAGUGAAGGAUCUGGUGGUGGUUUCACGUACACAUUCCACGGUGAUCCACGUGCAACAUUUGCUCAAUUUUUUGGAACUGCCAACCCAUUCCAUACAUUUUUUGACCUUGGUGGACCUGGAAGUAAUCGAAUGUUCUUCCAUGAUGACAUGGAAUUGGAUGAUGACCCAUUUACAACCCUAGGCAUGGGUAAUGCAAGACCUGGGGGACCUGGUGGGGCAUUCAGAUCACAUUCAUUUAACAUCCAUAGUGGCUCUCCUGGUCGCAGUAAGGAUAGACUUCAAGAUCCAGCCGUAGAACACGAUCUAUAUGUAACUAUGGAGGACAUCAGUCGUGGUUGCACGAAGAAAAUGAAGAUCUCCCGACGUGUCAUACAACCAGAUGGAUCCUCACGAAAGGAGGACAAAGUGUUGACCAUCAACGUGAAACCAGGAUGGAAGGCGGGCACUAAAAUAACGUUCCAAAGGGAGGGAGACCAAGGUCGUAACAAGAUUCCAGCUGACAUUGUGUUCAUUAUACGCGACAAACCUCAUCCACUGUUCAAACGAGAGGGUAGCGACGUCCGCUACUCUGCCAAGAUCUCCCUUAAGCAGGCAUUGUGUGGCGUAAUCGUAAAUGUUCCUACAGUUACCGGGGAAAAAAUUCCUAUCAACUUGAUGAACGAGAUUGUGAAACCUAAUACCGUGAAGCGAAUCCAGGGUCAUGGACUGCCGUUCCCUAAGGAACCUAGCCGAAAGGGAGACCUCAUAGUUUCGUUUGAUAUAAAGUUCCCGGAUAACAUCACGCAAAGUGUAAAGGACAUUUUGUAUGACACGCUGCCCAACUGAGACUGACAGAAUGCGACUAGUAUAGUAGGGGAGGUAAAGAUGCGUUUUGUACGUGUGGACGAUCUGUUAGAGAAGGUUGUAACGUGAUCUUCACUACACAUCAUCGUGCGAAUGAUUCGCCUCAUCACAUCUGGUACCACAGUUCCAUGCGUGCUUGUGAAGUGUGAGAGUCGUGAUUUGUGUCGGCCAGCCUGGUCGCGACUGGAUUGACUUAAGAAGAUUUUGAUUCUUAGUUGUCAGGCUUUGUAAUACUUGCAUUGUAUUUUAUUAUUAACAGCAUCAGUUAAUUUUAUUUUUUGAGUUUGUGUAGUUCUUUCUUUUUUUUCCCAGUGGCUAGCCUAUAUUUUGUACGUUUUAGUACAAUGCUUUUGUAAACACAAAUU